AUGCAGAUAGUUGCCGAUCCUCCCUCGUUACUGUCACAGACUGCUUGGGGCAGUAUAGAGGGGGAGGCGGACAAGGACGAGGAGGAACAUGCAAGAAAGCGGCUGCGAGGAGAUGCGAGCUGCAUGAACGGGAACAAUUCGCAUCCCAGCAGCAUACAUGCCAGCGGUGCUGCUGGUGGUGGCAGCACAGACGCUAUGCCUCCCCUUGCCACGUGUGGUGAUCACAGUGGCACCUCUGGUGACUUGCCAGGAAGUGGAUUCAUAGCAGCAGGUGGAGAGGAGGGUGUUUGUGCGUUUGUUGCAACAGGUGGAGCGAGAGACACGCUAGCCAGAGAGGGGGACAUGCGUGACAGUGGUGGGGUAGGCAUCUGCAGCGGCAGCACUGGUUCCGAUUCCAGCCUGAGUGCUCUUCCCUCCGUGCUUCCAUCAUCGCCGGAUCUCGUGGCGCCCAUGAGGAGCGUCCCUUGCUCCAUCUGGGAGCACGCACGACGAGCCCGCAGCUUCCUUCCCUUCCCUGUCCACGCCAUAUCCGCUCUCAUUU